AGUCAACAGCCCCGAAGGGGACGCGCGGGACGGGGCAGGGACGCACCGCUCGCACGGCACCCGGCUGGAAGAAAGAAGAAGAGUCCGCACGGAUCCGCCCCGGCCGCGUGGGCGGGCACGCCACGAUCCGACGGCUCGCGCCGACGAUUGGCACGGCACCGGCAAACGCAAAGCAGGCAAUCAGGCUGGCAGGAAAAAGGAUCGACACACGGCCGUGGGCGACUCCGCCCGCACACCCCCGCGCCACGGACAAAACCACUACCACCGGAGAAGGGGGCAAGCGCGCGCGACGCGACGCACACGGGAGAACGAAGCCCCCGCUCCCUUCCUCUGCUCCCUCCUCCCCGCCCCGGCGUCGACGCUCCCGGCGGGAUGGGCGCCGGGAAUGGCCUGAGCAAGGCGGCGCCCGACGGGACCACGGUGUUCAGGGCCACGGCCUACUCGCCGCUGCGCACCACGCUGGCGCUGGCGCUCUGGCUGGGGGCCAUCCACUUCAACGUCCUCCUCCUCAUCGCCUCCCUCUUCCUCCUCCCCCGCCGCGUCGCCGCCAUGGUGCUCGGCACGCAGCUCUUCUUCAUGCUCCUGCCCCUCAAUGACAAGAGCAGGCUGGGGCGCAAGAUCGCCAGAUUCAUAAGCAAGUACGUCGUCGGGUACUUCCCCGUCACUCUACAUGUGGAGGACUACAAGGCUUUCGACCCCAAAAGAGCUUACGUGUUCGGUUAUGAACCGCAUUCUGUUCUGCCCAUCGGCCUUGGGGCCCUCCUGGACCUUGUUGGAUUCAUGCCAUUACCAAAGACCAAGGUUCUUGCAAGCACCGCGGUGUUCUACACUCCGUUCUUGAGGCAGAUAUGGACGUGGUUGGGAUUGGUUCCAGCUUCUAGAAAAAAUUUCUACUCCUACCUUCGAGCCGGUUAUACCUGCAUCGUAGUGCCCGGAGGUGUACAGGAGAUGCUUCACAUGGAUCAUGAUUCGGAGGUUGCCUUUCUGAAAUCAAGGAAAGGUUUUGUUAAGAUCGCUAUGGAGACUGGUUCUCCUUUAGUCCCGGUUUUCUGCUUCGGACAGAGCCUUGUGUACAAGUGGUGGAGGCCAGGUGGCAAGUUGAUUGUGAAGAUUGCUAGAGCAAUUAAAUUUACUCCAAUUAUUUUCUUUGGGAAAUACGGGACUCCCAUCCCUUUCGCGACACCACUUCAUCUGGUUGUUGGAAGACCAAUCGAGGUUCAGAAAAAUCCUCAGCCUACAUAUGAUGAGAUAAACGAGGUACAUGAACAAUUUGUGGUUGCGAUGCAAGAACUAUUCGAAAAGUACAAGACAAAAGCUGGAUAUGACAAACUCGAAUUGAGAGUUCUAUGAUGGCCGUUCCAACAUCCAGAUAUAGGAUCUUUCAAAGUUGCGUUUACAGGGUUCAGUAGCAUUCAAACUGGAGUGUGUUUAUGUCAAGCCUUCGCCAGGGUUCAGUAGCUCUGAAUGUGUAGGAAAUCCCAGCAGCCAGAAUGACAUGCUCACCUGGCCUUGCAAAACACAUAAAAUGUAAAAAUUGUAUACAUUUGCGUGCUCAUAAAGCGCUCAAGAGCUAAGACAUAGGAUGUACCGAUUGUAUAUUUGUUUGCUCAUAAAGCACUGAGUUUCUUCA